AUUUAUUAAUGCUUUCACAUUUUUAAUGUUGUUACAGUCUUAAAGGAGUUUACCUUUAAAGUUGCAAUCUAUUUUCACUUUUUUUACCACUUCAGUACCAUUAACUAUUCAAUCAUUACAGUGUUCAGUGUCAAAAUUCUGGUGAUUCAACCAUUCAACAGUUUAACUUCAUCAUUUGCGGUAACAAAUCAGUGAAUAAAUCAAGUUAAACAACAUGAAAUUUCUGUGUAUUACAGCCAUUCUCGCUAUCCUAUGUAUUGGGAAAAUUGAGAGUCAACAAUGUCACCUUCGAGAACUUGAUCUUUGCGCUGCAACUUUAUUGGUUUUUACCAAUAAUCCUUCAGAAACAACUGGAACUGACGAGGAAAUUGAGCGACAAUGUGGAUUUAUCCGUGAAGCUGAGGAAUGUCACAAAAACUUUACCUCCAAAUGUGCCACAGAAUCUCAGAAGGAAUUAGUUGAAUUCCUUGGAACUGGAGGUAAAAAGGUUGCUGACGAGUUCUGUACUGCUGGAACCAAAUUACGGGAAGAUUACAAGAAACACGCUAAAUGUAUGUCUGAAUCACGAAAGGAUUCAAAGAAAUGCACAAAAGACUUGAAAGCAGCUUUGGAAAUAAUCUCAGACACUCAAUGGGACAAACGUAUUUCAACCAGUUGUUGUGCCUUUAACCGUUUCGAUGACUGUUUAACCUCCAAUCUACGAACCAAAUGUGGUGAUGAAGCCGUUGAAAUUAGCCGUAAAUUGGUUCGUCUGGCUGCAUCAAGAUUACCCGAGAUUGUCUGUCAAUCUUACAAAGGAGACAAAUGUACAGGUUUACUUCCUCCAUCUGGAACUGCACCGACUGGAACUAAAUCAAACAGUUUAUUGUCAAGAGUUUUCUCAACUUAUGUUGGCAAUCAAGACUAAUUUCCCAACCAAUCUUUCCUCUUAAUCACUGGAAUCAAUGCCAAUAUCGUGAUAUUACGUUUUGCUCUUCUCCAUUAUCACCAUUUAUUGUCUUUUUAAUUUCUUAUUCAUUUCAUGAUCACAAAAAACCCAUGAGGCAACAAGUCAUCUUUUUCAGUUCCUGAGAAAUAAUUUUCUCUUUUCUCAUUAUUUCAAUGUAAUCCUUUUUUUUAAUGGCAACUAAAAAUUUACAAUCAA